AUGGCCAGCAGCAGCAGCAGUAGCCAUAUGACCAGCAGCAACACCAGCAACACCAGCAACAACCAAAGCAAUGCGUACACCACCCGCCUCCUCGCCCGCCAAAACCUCAUCACAAACACCUCGGGCCUCUCCCCGGGCUUCCUCCAAGCCAACCUCCUGAUCCUCCCCUCCCGCUACGCCCCAGACUUCCACGCCCUCUGCCUGCGCAACCCCGUCCCCUGCCCUCUGCUCGGCAUCAUCCCCCAGGGCAACCCUCACACCGUGUCCCCAGCAGCCUGCAUCACCAACCCGGAUUUCGACCUCCGCACCGACUUCCCGCAGUACCGCGUCUACCAGUCCGGCCGCCACAUCGCAUCCAGAAAGGAUCUCAAGGAGGUGUACACCCCCGACCACGUAGGCUUCCUGCUCGGCUGCUCGUUCAGUUUCGAGGAUGCGCUGUGUGAGGCUGGCUUGCCGCCCAGACACCAGCUGACCGGCCGCCUGGUCGCCAUGUACCGGACGACAGUUCCGCUCAUGCCGGCGGGCGUGUUCAGCGACGCGUGCAUGGUGGUUUCGAUGCGGCCGUAUCUGCUGGCCGAUGUGGAGCAGGUACGACAAGUGACGAGGCCGUAUGGGGCGACGCAUGGGGAGCCGGUUGCCUGGGGGUGGGACGGGGCGGAACGGUUGGGGAUCAAGGAUAUCAAGACCCCGGAUUGGGGUGAGGCGCCGGUGUUCGAGGAGGGUGAGGUGCCUGUGUUUUGGGCGUGCGGGGUGACGCCGCAGUUGGCGGUUGAGAUGGCGGGGGAAAAGAUCGAGGGGCUGGUGUUUGCCCAUGAGCCGGGGAAUAUGCUCGUUACGGACUGGACGGCGGGGGAUCUGGAGGCGUUGAGGGACAAGUCCGGGAUUGCUUUGCCUGUGGAACUCUGA